ACAACAAUUUGCAUGAUCUAAGAAAAUGGGGGUUAGCGAAGGAACAUUGAGAUGCUUCGACAUAAAAAGCAUAGUUGUCUACGUCAUAACCGGACGGUGGUUCGUGGUGUUUGCUUCACUCCUAAUCAUGGCGGUGUUUGGAACAACGUUCUUGUUUGGUUUGUAUUCGAGCGACAUUAAAUCGGCUUUGGGUUACAACCAAACGACGUUGAAUUUGUUGAGUUUUUUUAAGGAUUUGGGUGCAAACGUUGGCAUUUUAUCUGGUCUUAUUAACGAGUUUAUGCCACCGUGGGUGGUUCUAUUAAUUGGUGCAGUUAUGAACUUUUUUGGUUACUUUAUGAUUUGGCUCGGUGUUACUCGCCGAAUCUCCACCCCAAAAGUUUGGCAAAUGUGUUUCUAUAUUUGUAUGGGAGGAAGUUCCCAAUCCUUUGCUAAUACCGGUUCUAUGGUUACUUGUGUUAAUAACUUUCCCGAAAGGCGUGGCGUUGUUCUCGGUCUUUUGAAGGGAUACAUCGGGCUAAGCGGCGCCAUAAUCACACAGCUCUUCCACGCAUUCUACGGCGGCGACACUAAAUCCCUCAUUCUCUUCAUCGGAUGGCUUCCGGCUGCAAUUUCCUUCGCAUUCUUACGAACAGUUCGUAUCAUGAAAGUCAUCCGACAGCCAAAUGAGCUCAAAGUUUUCUAUAAUUUCCUCUACAUUUCUCUUCUCCUCGCCGGAUUCCUCAUGCUAAUGAUCAUUGUACAAAGCAAGACAGAGUUCACUCAAAACCAAUAUGGUGGCAGCGCGGCUGCCAUAGUCGUUCUUCUCCUCCUACCACUCGCCGUUGUCACUAUCGAAGAAUGCAAUCUCCAGAAACUUAAAACCAAAUCUCCAAAUUCUUCUGUUCAAAUCAUAACUGAGAAACUCCCAAAAACAGAGCAUUCAAAACAAAAAGAACCAUCGUGUUGGACAACAAUUUUCAACCCACCACAACGAGGCGAGGAUUUCACAAUUCUCCAAGCUGUCUUCAGUGUCGACAUGCUGAUUUUAUUCAUAUCUGUAAUUUGUGGCGCUGGUGGAACGUUAACGGCGGUCGACAAUUUGGGUCAAAUCGGAAUGUCUUUGGGAUACCCAAAAAGAAGCAUUAGCACAUUUGUAUCAUUAGUCAGUAUUUGGAAUUACCUCGGUCGAGUUGUCUCUGGUUUCGUCUCUGAAAUCGUUUUGAUAAAAUACAAAUUCCCUCGUCCUUUAAUGCUUUCUCUGAACCUUCUUUUAUCCUGUGUCGGCUACUUGGUCAUCGCAUUUGACGUCCCAAAUGGAUUAUAUGUUGCUUCCAUCGUAAUCGGAUUCUGUGUUGGAGCACAGUGGCCGUUGAUUUACGCCAUAAUUUCAGAGAUUUUUGGGUUGAAAUAUUACUCAACGCUUUACAAUUUCGGGACGGUUGCGAUGCCAAUUGGACUUUAUAUUAUGAAUGUGAAAGUGGCUGGGAACUUCUACGACAGAGAAGCAGAGAAACAGCUAAAAGCAAAAGGGAUUAUACGAAAAGCAGGGGAAGACUUAAAGUGCUAUGGAGGGGAAUGCUUUAAGCUUUCGUUCAUCGUAAUCACUGCAGUUACUUUGAUGGGUAUGUUUAUUUCAUUGAUUUUAGUGAUUAGAACAAGAAGUUUUUACAAAAGUGAUAUUUAUAAAAAGUUUAGAGAUGAAGCCGAAACAGAGGUGGCCGGAAAUGAGGCUGUGGCGACGGCGGGAGGAGCAGAAGAGAGAGAGAAAAUUAUAAUGCAAAGAAGAAGUUGAAAAGUGGAGUAAAAUCCAAAAAAUGUUUGAAGGAAAGAGAUGAUAAAGACAAAUCUAUUAACUUUUUUCCUUCUAAUAUUUUGUUAUUCAAUUUUGGACAUGUUAGGAUCAAAAUGAGCAUAACUUUAACUAGUAGAGUUAUUUUUGUUAUAAUUUUAAAGUUGAUAUGAUUUGUUGCUCUUACUUCA